UUGCUGCCCAUAAUGUCCGGCCAUCCGCAGCAGGCCGCCCACGGCCAGGGCCAGUACGAUGAUGGCUACGGCCAGAACGGCCAAGGCGCCUACUAUGCAGACGACCAGUACGGUGGCCAGUAUCAGGAUGGUCAGCACGGCGACGCAUACUACGACGAGUCCGCCUACUACGAUGACCGUGGCCAGCAGGGCCAAUAUCAACAGAACGGCUACUAUGAUGACCGUGGUCAGCAGGGUUACCAGGACGAGUAUUACAACGACCAAUAUUAUGAUCAAGGAGGCCCUCAGGGAGGUUACCACGACGGCCCACCCAGGCGCCGUGGACACGACUCUGAAGAUGACUCGGAAACCUUCAGCGACUUCACCAUGCGCUCCGACAUGGCUCGUGCCCAGGAUAUGGACUACUACGGCCACGGCGAUGAACGCUACAACAGCUACGGUGGUGGCGGCUACCGCCCCGCUUCAUCUCAAGUUUCCUACGGCGGCAACCGCUCUUCCGGUGCUUCCACCCCAGUCUAUGGAAUGGACUACACCAAUGCCCUUCCAGCUGGUCAGCGAUCCCGAGAGCCAUACCCUGCUUGGACUGCCGAGGCUCAGAUUCCUUGCACCAAGGAGGAAAUUGAGGACAUCUUCCUGGACCUCACCAGCAAAUUCGGUUUCCAGAGGGACAGCAUGAGAAACAUGUACGAUCAUUUCAUGACUCUGCUCGACUCCCGCGCUUCCCGCAUGUCGCCCAACCAAGCCCUUCUCUCACUACAUGCCGACUACAUUGGCGGUGAAAACGCAAACUACCGCCGAUGGUACUUCGCUGCCCACCUGGACCUCGACGACGCCAUUGGUUUUUCCAAUAUGAAACUCGGCAAGGCCAACCGGAAGACCAAAAAGGCCAGGAAGGCCGCGAAGAAGAAGGCGGGCGAGAACCCAGAGAACGAGGCCGAAGUCUUGGACGCCUAUGAAGGCGACAACAGCCUGGAAGCCGCAGAAUACCGCUGGAAGUCCCGAAUGAACAAGAUGUCCCAGCAUGAUCGCGUGCGCCAGGUUGCCCUCUACCUGCUCGUCUGGGGAGAGGCUAAUCAGGUCCGUUUCAUGCCAGAAUUGGUGUGCUUCAUUUUCAAGUGUGCCGAUGAUUGGCUCAACUCGCCCGCUGGUCAGGCCCAAACGGAGCCCAUCGAGGAGCUUACCUAUCUCAACAACGUCAUCACUCCGUUGUAUCAAUACUGCCGUGACCAAGGAUACGAGAUUCAGGAUGGCCGCUACGUUCGCCGGGAGAAGGAUCACGCCCAGAUCAUUGGGUACGAUGACAUCAACCAGCUGUUCUGGUACCCCGAAGGCCUGGAGCGUAUCGUCAUGGAAGACAAGAGCCGCCUUGUCGAUCUACCUCCGGCUGAACGUUACGCCAAGCUCAAGGAUGUGGUUUGGAAAAAGGUCUUCUUCAAGACCUACUAUGAACGUCGAUCGUGGUUCCACUUGAUUGUCAACUUCAACCGCAUCUGGAUCAUCCACGUUAGUACGUUUUGGUUCUACACCUCGUUCAACUCCAAACCUCUCUACACCAAGGAGUACGCGCAGCAGUUGAACCAGGAGCCGCCACUGGCUCGAGUACUCGCCGUGGUAUCCCUUGGUGGAGCUGUCGCUUCUUUCAUCAAUGUCUUUGCAACUGUCGCUGAAUGGGUUUACGUCCCGCGAAAGUGGGCUGGAGCCCAGCAUCUUACUAAACGGUUACUUUUCUGCCUCCUCGUCCUGGUCAUCAACAUUGCCCCAGCUGGAUACAUCUUGUUCAUCCCCUAUGAACAAGGCGAGGACAGAAUCCCGAUCAUUGUUGGUGUGGUUCAUUUCAUCAUCGCCCUCGUCACCUUCGUCUUCUACUCCGUGAUGCCCCUUGGUGGCCUCUUCGGCAGCUACAUGAAGGGCAAAUCUCGACAAUACGUGGCCAGUCAAACGUUCACCGCCAGCUACCCUCGUCUCCAGGGUAAUGAUAUGUGGAUGUCUUACGGUCUCUGGGUCAUGGUUUUCGCCGCCAAGAUGUCUGAGUCUUACUUUUUCCUGACGCUUUCCAUCAAAGACCCCAUUCGGGUGUUGGUAUCCAUGCAGCCACCUCGAUGCUUGGGUAACACGUACGUCGGCGAUAUGCUAUGCAAGCGCCAGCCCAUGAUCCUGCUCGGCUUGAUGUAUUUCACUGAUCUUAUCCUCUUCUUCUUGGAUACCUAUCUGUGGUACAUCAUCAUGAACAUGUUGUUUUCGGUGGCUCGUUCGUUCUACCUUGGUGUAUCCAUCUGGUCCCCUUGGCGUAACAUCUUCUCUCGACUACCCAAGCGUAUCUACUCCAAGGUUUUGGCCACCACCGACAUGGAGAUCAAGUACAAGCCAAAGGUUCUCAUCUCUCAAAUCUGGAAUGCCAUCAUCAUCUCCAUGUACCGUGAGCACUUGCUCGCCAUCGACCAUGUCCAGAAGCUCCUCUACCAUCAAGUUCCUUCAGAGCAAGAGGGCAAGCGUACUUUGCGGGCACCCACUUUCUUCGUUUCCCAGGAAGAUCACUCCUUCAAGACGGAGUUCUUCCCUGCUCAAAGUGAAGCUGAGCGUCGUAUCUCGUUCUUUGCCCAGUCUCUCUCGACACCUAUUCCAGAGCCGCUCCCCGUCGACAAUAUGCCCACGUUCACCGUCCUGAUUCCUCACUACUCUGAAAAGAUUCUGCUCUCGCUCCGUGAGAUCAUUCGUGAGGAUGAGCCCUACUCUCGUGUCACCCUUCUGGAGUACCUCAAGCAACUUCACCCGCACGAGUGGGACUGCUUCGUCAAGGACACCAAGAUUCUCGCUGAUGAAACCUCUCAAUACAACGGCGAGAACGAAAAGGGAGAGAAGGAUACCGCCAAGACCAAGAUCGACGAUCUGCCCUUCUACUGCAUCGGUUUCAAAUCUGCGGCCCCAGAAUACACUCUUCGUACUCGUAUCUGGGCCUCUCUUCGUUCGCAGACUCUUUACCGCACAAUCUCUGGUUUCAUGAACUACAGCCGCGCCAUCAAGCUACUUUACCGUGUCGAGAACCCCGAGGUCGUUCAGAUGUUUGGAGGCAACUCUGACAAGUUGGAGCGCGAACUCGAGCGCAUGGCUAGACGCAAAUACAAGAUUUGUGUUUCCAUGCAGCGUUACUCCAAAUUCAACAAGGAAGAGCGGGAAAACACUGAGUUCUUGCUCCGCGCUUACCCCGAUCUCCAAAUUGCGUACCUUGACGAGGAGCCUCCUGUCAACGAGGGUGAUGAGCCCCGCAUCUACUCUGCACUUAUCGACGGUCACUCGGAGCUCAUGGAAAACGGCAUGCGACGACCCAAGUUCCGCAUCCAGCUCUCUGGCAACCCUAUUCUUGGUGAUGGCAAAUCUGACAACCAGAAUCACAGCAUCAUCUUCUACCGCGGAGAGUACAUUCAGCUUAUCGACGCUAACCAAGACAACUACCUCGAGGAGUGCCUGAAGAUCCGCAGCGUUCUUGCCGAGUUCGAAGAAAUGACUACCGACAACGUCUCGCCUUACACUCCUGGUCUUCCCAACACCAACUUCAACCCCGUCGCUAUUCUGGGUGCCCGUGAAUACAUUUUCUCUGAGAACAUUGGUAUCCUUGGUGACGUCGCUGCCGGAAAGGAACAGACGUUCGGUACUAUGUUUGCGCGUACUUUGGCACAGAUUGGUGGCAAGCUCCAUUACGGUCAUCCCGAUUUCCUCAACGGUAUCUUCAUGACUACUCGUGGUGGUGUUUCCAAAGCGCAAAAGGGUCUCCAUCUCAACGAAGAUAUUUACGCCGGUAUGACUGCUCUUCUCCGUGGUGGCAGGAUCAAGCAUUGCGAAUACUACCAGUGUGGUAAGGGUCGUGAUCUUGGUUUCGGCUCCGUGCUCAACUUCACUACCAAGAUCGGUACUGGUAUGGGCGAACAGAUGCUGUCUCGUGAAUACUAUUACCUCGGAACCCAACUCCCAUUGGAUCGCUUCUUGUCAUUCUACUACGCCCAUCCUGGUUUCCACGUCAACAACUCCUUCAUCAUGUUGUCUGUGCAGACCAUUAUGUUCUGUUUGAUCCAUCUUGGCGCUCUCAAGCACGAGUCGAUUGUCUGCUACUACAACAAGGAUAUUCCCAUCACCGAUCCUCAGUACCCCAACAGGUGCGCUAACUUGGUACCCGUUAUGAACUGGAUUUCAAUCGUCAUUCUGUCCAUCUUCAUUGUGUUCUUCAUCGCCUUCAUUCCGUUGGUUGUGCAGGAACUCACUGAGCGUGGUGCGUGGCGUGCGGCGACCCGUCUCGGCAAGCACUUUUCUUCUGGAUCGCCUUUCUUCGAAAUCUUCGUCGUCCAGAUCUACGCCAACUCGCUUCACACAGUUCUGACCUUUGGUGGUGCCCGUUAUAUCGGUACUGGUCGUGGUUUUGCCACUGCCCGUAUUCCUUUCGGCAUCCUGUACUCUCGAUUCGCUAGUCCCUCUAUAUACAUAGGUGCUCGAUCACUGAUGAUGUUGCUGUUUGCCACCAUGACCAUCUGGGGCGCUUGGCUUGUAUAUUUCUGGGCAUCUAUCUUGUCGCUUUGCCUGGCACCGUUCCUAUUCAAUCCUCACCAGUUCUCCUGGGACGACUUCUUUAUCGACUACAGAGAAUAUCUUCGAUGGCUGUCGCGCGGUAACACCCGCUCUCACAGCGCAUCUUGGAUCGGUUACUGCCGUCUCUCUCGUACCCGUCUCACUGGUUUCAAGCGCAAGGUUUUGGGUGACCCCUCUUCGAAACUCUCUGGCGACGUUCCUCGUGCUCGCUUCGGUAACAUCUUCAUGGCUGAAAUCCUCGGCCCGCUCGUUCUGGUGGCCGUCACCUUGGUUCCAUAUCUGUUCAUCAACGCGCAAACCGGCGUUGCUGAAGCUGAUCAAGAUGCGAUUGAAAGAAAGGUCCCAUUUAAACCUGACGUCAAAACUCCCACCAACUCACUUAUCCGCGUUGCGCUUGUGGCAUUGGGUCCUCUUGCCAUCAACGCUGGUGUCCUUGCUGGUCUCUUCGCAUUGGCUUGCUGUGGUGGCCCUCUUCUCAGCAUGUGCUGCAAGAAGUUCGGUGCGGUCUUGGCUGCUAUCGCCCACGCCAUCGCCGUCAUCAUGCUUUUGGCCUUCUUCGAAGUGAUGAUGCUCUUGGAAGGUUUCGUCUACACUAGGGCUCUGCUCGGUAUGAUUGCGGCCGUCGCCAUUCAGCGAUUCGUCUUCAAGCUCAUUGUCGCUCUCGCCCUCACUCGUGAGUUCAAGAGCGACACUGCCAACAUUGCUUGGUGGACCGGUAAAUGGUACACCAUGGGAUGGCACACCGUCACGCAACCUGGUCGUGAGUUCCUUUGCAAGAUCACGGAACUCGGUAUGUUUGCAGGUGACUUUGUCUUGGGUCACUUCCUGCUGUUCUUCAUGCUCCCAAUGAUCUUGGUUCCCUAUGCCGACAAGUUCCACUCCGUCAUGCUCUUCUGGCUGCGUCCUAGCCGUCAAAUCCGCCCUCCCAUCUACUCCCUGAAGCAGACCAAACUUCGGAGACGCCGCGUGAUCCGGUACGCUAUCCUGUACUUCUUCAUGCUCUUCAUCUUCCUGGUCCUGCUCGUUGGACCAGUGCUCGUCAAGAACUUCAACAUCAUCCAAAUCGACUCAAUAUUCUCCUCAUCCAUGCGCACGUCACUCAUGGAUCUCAUCCAGCCAACGUCGGCAAACAACAACGACACGUCGAGUGGUGUCACUGGCGCUUGCAUCCAAAGCCCAUGCCCUCAGCGUGAUGGUGGUGGAGGUGAUGCGGCCGAGACCGGCUCAUCGGAUUCCACUGCUCGCCGUAUGCUCGCCUUUUAA